GACUUUGAAUCAUCACAUUAAGCUGAAAUUAGAGAUAUGUGUGCUUCUUCUUGUGUUUUUCUCUCACAGUCGUUUGUGCGCUGCAUCCCCGGGGUGGGGAUCUACUUCAGCACCUUCUACUCCCUGAAGCAGCACUUCUUCCUGGACCAGGCGCCCAACGCCGGGGAGGCCGUUCUGCUCGGAGCGGGCGCCAGAACCGUGGCCGGCGUCUCCAUGCUGCCGUUCACUGUCAUCAAGACCCGCUUUGAGAGCGGCUGUUACAACUACGUGAGCGUGGCCGGCGCCCUGAGGAGCGUGUACGAGACGGAGGGACUCAGGGCUCUGUUCUCGGGCCUGACCGCAACGCUGCUCCGGGACGCUCCGUUCUCCGGCAUCUACGUCAUGUUCUACAGCCAGGCCAAGAAGACGCUGCCUCAAGAGGUCGCUUCGUCGGCCUACGCCCCGCUGGUCAACUUCGGCUGUGGGAUGGUUGCCGGCGUCAUGGCGUCAUUGGUCACACAGCCUGCAGACGUGGUGAAGACCCACAUUCAGAUCAGCCCGUCCCACUGGAGCAUGGCGGACGCUAUCCGCUACAUCUACAAGGAGAACGGCGUGGCUGGGUUUUUCCGCGGGGCCGUACCCAGGUCUCUGCGACGCACUCUCAUGGCCGCCAUGGCUUGGACUGUCUACGAACAGCUGAUGGCUCGAAUGGGCCUCAAAUCCUGAAGAGCCGUGACGAGACCGAGACCGGAUACGUCUGAGUUUGUGACUGACAGAAGUUUCUCACUGGAAGUCCUGAAAGUGAAAGUGAACGAGGGAGUCGAGGAGGAGCAGCAAAACCAAGAACUUAGAAAAGAGGAACCAGGUGUGUGUGUGUGUGUGUGUGUGUGUGUGUGUGUGUGUGUGUGUGUGUGUGUGUGUGUGUGUGUGUGUGUGUGUGUGUGUGUGUGUGUGUGUGUGUGUGUGUGUGUUGGUAUUUAAAUGUUUGUGUGUGUAAGUUUGCACCUGACACACACUCUUCUGUAAAUCUUGGAUUGGAGUGACGCCCCCUGCUGUGAAGUGAUCUCAUUCCUCCUCUCGUUUUUACAUUUGGACGCUCUGACGUGUAUCCAGCACUUUAAAAAAGGCCUUUCCCAGAGGGCCUGUAACCGUGACAACCCUGAGUUGUUUUUUUUUUUUUUAAAUGCUGUGAAGAGAAAUGGGACACUCUCCGAGCUGGUGUCCCGUCUGCUGAGGUAACCAAAAGGAGCUCUGCACAUAUUUAUGAUACGUGCUUUGGAUUGAGCGAUCUUUUCUUCAACGCCAACAACAAGCAGACUUUAUUGUUUUCAGGCUCCGACAAUCAUGAGUGCUCACAGAGCGGCAUUGUGGGUAGACAAAAUCACAAUAAAGCUGUUGUUGCCGUGCCAACUAUGCUAAUAUAAAGUUUUUAUGAAACUGGAGCAAGUUUAACUCUGCACAAGCACAACCAGAUGUUCUUCUAUUUGUGUUUUUAUCGCUGUAAGGUCAGGGGGGUGUACUACGAAGCAGGUUGUUUGGGUUGUCAAGGUAACGUCAGGGUUAACUCUGGGCAACCGGUAUGAAACUCUGCCUUCUGACGGGACGGGGCGCAGAUGGCCUCAGAUCAUGCCUCAUAUUACAGAGGGUAUAGUCCUCAAAGCGGGCGUCACGGGUUUGAAUCCCACCUGCAGCUCCUCUCCCACAUGUCAUCUCUCUCUCUCUCUCUCUCCCUCUCUCGUGCUUAUUAUCCACUCUGUCCACUUUUCUUUCAAAAUAAAGGCAUGAAUCGCCCCAAAAUGUAUUAAUUAAACUGCCUUCUAAUGGGGCGCAGAUGGCCUAGCGAUUAGAUCGUGCCCCAUGUUACAGAGGAUAAAGUCCUCUAAGCGAUCGACCCGGGUUUGAAUCUGACCUGCAGCCAGUGUCUUUUUAAAUGGCCGUAGUUUUUAAAAUCAUUUUUAAUACCUUUUAAUUCAAUCGCUCAUUAAAUGAACAGAGAUUAUGUUGUUUUAAAACAUGCACUCUUAAAAAGUGUUAUUACUAUUUUAACAACCGCAGUUCGUGAUCCUGUAUGCUUACAGGAAGCUGACUCCGCCUCUGAUUUGUGAGCACGCUCAUUAAGCUCCGAGUUAACUGACCACGUUGAUAACCAGCUCUGUGUGAUCUCAUUUUUCAGCGUUGGUGAAGCCAGGUGACCAGGGUUUGUUGAACUUGCUUCAUACUAUACCCCCCAGGAGUUUUUAUGAGUUAUGUCUUUUAAAGGCCUUUUUUUAAAAUAAAAUAAAAUGUACGAUGUCAAAAACAGCGAUGCCACGUUCAUUAGUUCCUGUGUUUUAACUUAACGGGUGUUCUACACAUUCAUCUUACUAACAGGGUGACAUGCUGUCAUUGAGUUACCGCCUGUGAUUUAUUUAGAACACUGUCGGUAUGUUUCACCAACAUUUACCUUGUUUUAGAAUGAUUCUCCUGUGUUUAUAAAAAGUUUUACUGAGUCAUUGUUGACACUGGAUGGAUCUCGAAAGCUGCUUGUAAAUAUUGAAGAAAAAAAAA